GUAACGUUAAAUACUUAGGUAGCGAAAAAACCUUAAAGGAAAUAAAAACUCGAGACCUAGCCAUUCAAGUUAGCGAACAAUGCUAACAAGCUAGCAGGUUUCCUGAUAUUAUACUGUCCGUUUUCCAAAGAAAUGCUAAUAAUCGCUUUAUGAGCAUGCACAACUAUUAGUAACCACCUUAAAAUAUGCUUUUAUAUAACAUUUAUAUUAUCAAAAAGUACUAUGUUAUUAACGCUGUUUGGACAAUGUGCCAUGCUAAACGUCAUGGCAGAGACAGUUGAUGGCAAGAAGGACGAGGCAGACUAUAAGAGACUACACAGCUUUCCUCUCAUACGGCACACAGAUAUGUCUGAGGAGAUGCGGGUGGAGACCAUGGAGCUCUGCGUUACGGCGUGCGAGAAGUUUGCCACUAAUAAUGAGAGCGCUGCAAAAAUGAUUAAGGAGUCGAUGGAUAAGAAGUUUGGGAACUCUUGGCACGUGGUGAUCGGCGAGGGCUUUGGUUUUGAAAUUACGCACGAAGUGAAGAACCUUCUUUACAUGUUCUUCGGUGGAAGUUUGGCGGUGUGCGUAUGGAAGUGUUCCUAACUCAAAACACUGUCUGGAAAACUCACUUUUCAUGUGCUUUCUGACUUAAUAAUGGAUGUGCCACAAGUACGUAUAUAUGUUUCUUUAUUGUUUGAUUAUUUAACUUAAUGAACAGGGUACAUCAUUUUAUACUUUUUAUUUUGAAUGUAGCAUUUUAUGUUUUCAUCUCCAUUUUAACAGUUGGCUGGCAGGCCAUCUGUGGGUUUUAUUGUCCAUCUUUGCCACUGUUUUUCUCCAUCUGUCUCCUUUCUGUUCGUCCUGCUUAUCAUUUCUAUCCCUUAAAUUUUUUUUCUGAAGGAUAAAGUAUUUUUAUAAGACAAAAUGCUAUUUUUUAAUGAAUAUGUGAAUAUGUAUGAUCUGUUUUUAAAACUUCAGAUAUUUUAUAAGGGUUGUACAUUUUGCACAGCUGCAAUGUGUAUUUGUUUUUAUUAAUGACUAUUAUGUCAUUGUCUUGUGUAAUAAAACCCCAUUAGAAGAGAAA